AUGUCCAAAGCCACGCAAAACAAAACACACCAGCUUUACCUUGUGCGCAAGACAGAUAGAGGUUUCCUAACGUUCGCCUUCAAGAAUUUGAAUGCGAACAAGGAAGAAGCAUGGGGCUAUGUCGGCCUAUACGGUCAACGGUUUGAUGGAGAAAUUGGCCAAAGUAUUGUGGUGAAGGAUGAGACUGGAUGCAAACGGCUGCCUGGCAAAUACCUCUAUCUAGGUUCCACAGGGCCCCAUGACGACAAGGACCUGGCUCGUAGAAUGAGAGAAGCCAUUGAGAACUACCUCAAACAGAAUGACGACGCCCGCAUAGAUCGUGUGAAAGAUGGGGAGUUUUUCGGACAUCCCAAAUGGUUCCCUAAUUGUGGUACAAAGAACUCUCCCGAGUACUGGCGAGCGAUGAAUCACGAAGGGAUAAUCUCGGAAGAGGAAUUUGGGAAGAAUGUGCAUUGGCUGUACCAACUGGCCGCAGAGGUGUUUGUCAGCGAGAUGCAGCAUCCAACGAAAGCCGGUCCCCCACCUGAGAAGGAAGUCCCUUGGGAAACAUAUCCAUGA